AGGAUACCAGUUUUCAAUUUUCAGUUUUUUGCACUAAUUUCCCGAGCGUUGAAGCACCUGGUCAGAAGAGGCUGCUAUUAUAUAUGUUUUGAUUCUUUUUAACUGUCAAAAACUCAAAAUGAGACAUGUGAUAUGCAUGGUCUCAGAUUUCUUUUAUCCGAACUUGGGAGGAGUCGAGUCUCACAUUUUCACUCUCUCACAAUGUCUGAUAAAGCUCGGGCACAAAGUUGUUGUCAUCACUCAUUCUUACGGAAACAGGGUCGGUGUACGCUAUAUGACGAAUGGCCUUAAAGUAUAUUACCUUCCUGUCAAAACUAUGCAUGACCAAGUUGUUCUUCCAACUCUUUUUGCUUCCUUGUCCAUUUUCCGCAACAUUUUCAUCAGGGAAUGUAUUGAAAUAGUCCACGGUCAUUCUGCAUUUUCAACCUUAGCACACGAAGGUAUUUUAAUAGCAAGAUUGUUAGGUCUCAAGGCUGUUUUCACUGAUCAUUCCUUAAAUGGGUUUGCUGAUGUAUCUGCCAUCCUAACAAACAAACUUCUUGAAAUCACAUUGUCAGGCAUUAACCACUGCAUAUGUGUUUCACAUACAGGGAAGGAAAACACAGUUUUAAGAGCAAAAGUACCUGCUAACUAUGUAUCAGUGAUACCAAAUGCAACAGAUACAACACUAUUUAAACCAGAUGUAUCAAGAAGGGAUAAAGAUAAAAUAACAAUUGUGGCUUUAAGCAGGCUAGUCUACAGAAAAGGUAUUGACUUGCUGGCCUCUGUAAUUCCUAUUAUUUGUAAAAAAUAUCCUAAGGUUCACUUUCUGAUUGGCGGUGACGGGCCUAAGCGGAUUGUACUUGAACAAGUUCGGGAAAAAGAAGCUUUACAUGAAAGAGUGUCGUUACUUGGGGCACUAGACCAAUCUGAAGUACACGAGACGCUGCUGCAAGGUCACAUUUUCCUAAAUACAUCCCUAACCGAAGCCUACUGCAUCGCUAUCGUGGAAGCUGCAGCAUGUGGUUUGCAGGUGGUUAGCACUAAAGUCGGUGGUAUUCCUGAGGUUCUCCCACCUGACAUGAUUCGUAUGGCUCAGCCCAACGUCAACGCAAUCGUUUCAGCUUUGGAUGACGCCAUCGACUCCCACCUGAAAGGAACUUGUAUGUCCCCAUCGGCUUGUCAUCAAUUCAUUCAUCGCACCUACAACUGGCUCGACAUUGCCACGCGGACGCAACUAGUUUACGACAAUGUGAAAAAGCAGCAAAAUUCUUCGGUUGGAAAAUUGUUACGCAGAUAUCGAACCUGUGGACCCGUCGCUGGGCCUUUUUUCGUUCUGAUUUUUACUAUAUGCCACAUACUAUUGCAGUUUUUCGAGUGGCUUUAUCCGCGUCAUUUGAUCGACAUCGCGCCAGACUAUAAUGGAUGAGAAAAGCGUAAAAGCUACGAACCUUUGCGUCAGAAACAACAAACAAACACCUUAAAGAUUCCUACUGCCUUUACCGCUGUGCGGUUGGCGAGAGGAUGCUUAUAAGGUAUUAGACCCGGUGUCGCACCUAUAUUUAGUCAUGCUCGCAAGGUCUCAGUUUUUCUGGAUAUCGGGCUACAACUACAAAAUGCCCGCGAAAUUAUGUUGUAGCUUGUUAUCUACGUGUUUGUCGAAAUCCGUGUAACUGAAUUGCACUUGAUUUUAAUAGUAAAAAUUUUAAUUUGAAAA